AUGGAAAAUUGUAAAUAUAAAUGCAUAGUUAUAACAAAUCAAAGUAGAUAUCUAUCGGCUGGUGCAAUUGUUUUCCAUAAUCGCAAUAUAAAUUUCACUACGUUACCAUUGAACAGGCAUUCAAAUCAACUUUACGUCUUUCUUAAUGCCGAAUCGCCAAUAUAUACGCUGAAAAUGCCCGAUGAAAUGAAUGAUAAUUAUUUUAAUAUCAGUAUGACUUACAGGAAAGACAGCGAUAUACCUAUUAGUUAUGGCGUAAUGAGCAGAAUUAGCAACACGACGCCGCCAGAUAAAAUUUGGAGCUGGGAUCAAGUUAUCAAAGUUGUCAAUAAUAAAACAAAAUCUGUUCUUCAAUUAGUUUCGCAUUGUUCCUCAAAUUCCGCGAGACAUCUCUAUACUGAUACAUUGAAAAAUUUUAUUAACGUUACUGUGUUCGGUCAUUGUAAUCAAAAUCCAUGCGAUGAAGAAUGUGAAGAAAUGGCUUUAAAAGAGCAUCGCUUCUACUUAGCGUUUGAAAAUAGUGUAUGUCGCGACUAUGUGACUGAAAAAGCCUUUCACUCUAUGAAUAAUUUAUUAAUUCCGAUAGUGUUGAAAGGUUCAUUGUGCAAAAAUAUUUUGCCUGAGGGUUCUUUCAUUGCCAUUGAUCACUUCAAUUCUCCAAAGGAAUUAGCUCAGUACUUGAAAUAUCUUGAAAGUAAUAAAACUGCUUAUAUGAGGUAA